AUGGCACCCACCAACCUCUCCCUUUUCAUAGCCGGAAUCGGCCUGCUGUCUUUUCUCUUCCUCACAUUCAGAACCAGAAGCGCAACGAAAGUUCCCAAAGGCCUCCGUCUACCCCCCGGCCCGCGCGGCUGGCCACUCAUCGGCAACACCCUCCAGCUCGACGCCCACCCCCAAAAGCAACUUCGACAAUGGGCUAAACAAUACGGCGACGUCUUCUCUCUCUCCCUGGGCGGUUACAACUGGGCCAUGGUAUGCAGCGCCAACGCCGUCAAAGAAAUCAUGGACAAACAAUCCGCCUCCACCUCCAGCCGGCCACCAAUGCCGGUGCUCAGCGACCUGGUCUCUGGCGGCAUGCGUACCAUCGUGAUGCAGUACACACCGGCGUGGCGAACGGUGCGGAGUGUGGUGCACAAGCUACUGACGCCGAAGGUGUCGGAUACGUUCAAGCCGAGCCAGGAGUUUGAGGCUAAGCAGCUGCUGUGGGAUUAUCUGACGGAUAACGAGAGCGGUGGGGAGUUUUACGCGCAUACGAGGAGGUAUACGACUAGUGUGGUUAUGACGAGUACGUACGGGAAGAGGGUUGCGUCUUGGGGCGCUAAGCACAUCAAAGAGGUCUACCAGGUAAUGAACGAACUAUCCAUGCUCGCAAUGCCGGGAGCUUUCUUCGCGGAUAUGUUCCCGAGUCUCGCAAAGCUGCCUACCUGGAUGCAGACGUGGCGUAGUCGCGCCCUUCGAUACCACAAGAACCAGGCAGGCAUAUGGCUUGGUCUAUGGGAAGAGCUUCAAGACGACAUCCAGAACGGCAAAGCGCCGGAUUGUUUCGUGAAGCAGGUGUCUGACAUCGAUCUCGAGAAGCAAGGGCUAACUCCCGUACAAGGUGCUUGGAUUGCUGGCACACUUAUCGAAGCUGGUUCCGAAACUACAGCAUCCUCAAUCAACAGCGGUCUGAAACUUCUUGCCGUCAAUCUUGAAGUCCAAAAGACCGCAAACGAGCAGCUCACGAGGAUUGUCGGCGAAGAUCGUACUCCAAACUUCGAAGAUGAACCAAACCUGCAAUAUAUCCGAGCGAUCGUGAAAGAGAUAUUUCGAAUGCGGCCGGUUGCCACGAUUGGCGCUGCCCAUUACAGCACUGCCGAUGUUGUAUACAAAGACUUUUUCAUCCCCAAGAAUACGAUCAUAGCGUUAGUGAUGAGUGUUAUCCACUUUGACGAUCGAUAUGAGGAGCCAUAUGCCUUCCGUCCCGGAAGGUACAUGGACCACACCCUUCGCGCAGGCGCGUACGCGGCGAUGUCGGACCCACUGCAAAGGGAUCAUUUUGGAUUCGGUGCUGGUCGGCGCAUUUGUCCUGGUAUGCAUCUUGCUGAGAAUAGCGUGUUCAUUACCAUGGCGAAAAUUCUGUGGGCGUUUGAAGUGCGACCUGCCUUGGGGCCCGACGGGAAAGAAGAAGAGCUUGACAAUUCGGAUGAUGCUUUUGAGGAGGGAACUAUUGUUGUGCCGAAGCCAUUCCGACUUCGUUUCGUCCCACGAAGCCCACGGCGGGAAAAUGUUAUUCGUCAGGAAUGGGAAGCAGCUCAGCGAGAUGGUUAUUGGUGGGGAAAUGUGAAAGUGGGUAAGAAUGGAAUGAUGUCUUGAGAGACCAACAAUGUCCCAUUGCUUGAGUGCUACUCUUGGCCGAUCGACACCACUGUCAGGAGUGCCCUGCUGCAAGGUAGCCAAACGUCAGAAUAGUGGUUUAAUCUACACAGCACGGACCUUUGCAUCAUGUCUAGAUUCUGGCCAGACCAUGGGGGCACCCCAAGCAGUGACAACCCAGUGUGUACAGACCUUUGGCAAGACACUGUAAAUAGGAUAAAAAUUCAAGUGCCUUCAUCUUCUAACUCCUAUGGGUAUUGCGUAUGUCUGUUAACUCCCGAAAAACCUGAUGGUCACUCACCCAAUGACUCCUAUCCCUGAACCCAUGCCUCGUCGUCCCAAAACGUGCCCAUGCGGAACCGCUAGUAUUAAAGAUGCUGUUGCUGCUACUUGCCGCCCAAUUCCGACUCCAAAUGCUACACAAAG